AUACUUCGCGCUGCUGUUUUGUACUGUUCGUGGGGUGGUGAAUGGGCUGCUGCUGUAUAGAACCAGCUUAUUUACGUCCUACAUACAGUGCACCAGGAGGUACUGACUGAGACGAGGCGCAUUUACCAUUUACCAAACAAUGGCUGUACUGUGAGGCAGCUUUUGCUCGGCUCCAUCAGGGAGAGAAGAAAAAUCUCAUUUUUUACUAGCUGUCGUCGUCGCACUCGUCGCCAUCGAUGGUUUAAACGUUUAAAGUACUUUUGCAAUCCAGUCACGUUUCGUUCCGUCGCGAGUUCGUCGUAGUACAGAUGACAGCAAGUGGCCACAACUCCCGUAGUAAUCGUGUGAGCUAGUUCUAAGGACCUGUCCAUUAAGCUGGACGCGCACAGUGCGGUAGAAGCGCGAUAGUGAAUCUUAUAUAGCUAGGAAUUACCAAAAAAAAAAAAAAAAAAAAACAGCACAGGCAAGACCAGUAUUGAAACCGAACUUGAAUCGAGAUGCAUAUGCACAUGUCCUUCUGGUGGGGAGCCGACGUGGGAGAUGUGUUCUUCAAGGGUCUUACCGUGAAUACGACCGGAGCUAUGGUGGCGCUUUGUCUGGUUUUAAUCGCGCUGUCGAUUGCCUACGAAGGCUUGAAGGUUCACGGCACAAAAGUCCGAGCGCGAACAGCACGUGAGCGCACCCGGCCGAAUUCCUGCCCACCAAGCGAAAGCGCGACCCUUCUGUCGCUGGAACCGAAUCCCGGUUUGCUGCGUCCGCUUGUGCAACGCGUAGGUGCAUUUCUCGUGGAAGCUACUAUGUUUUUGUUACAUAGCAUGCUUGGAUACGCUUUGAUGCUGAUGGUUAUGUUCUACAACGGGUAUCUGUUCCUAGCGGUGGUAGGAGGAAUGGCUCUGGGUUAUUUCUUCUUCGGCCACCUAUCGAUGAAGGUCAACAUGGAGAACGUUCGAGCCCGCCAGACCAACGUUAUCUGUACGGCACGCUGCCUGCAGACAGCCGAGUCCUGUGCAAUGAGUCAUUCCGCACCCUGUCCCUCUUCUCGCCCUCACCAAAAUCGCAGCAAUUAUAAAACCCUCUGUUCCUAGAACCAUCAAACUAUCCGUCCGCCAUUUUGUGAUCAUUGAAACUCACACAUUCGAGUUAGUCCCUUCCAGAUGAUUUUUUUUUUCGACUCCAUUCAUCAUUACAAUAUAAGUUUUCGAACCAUCUUUUUGACCGGUACCCGCCCCUCGUGGUGCACCGGCAAAUUGCCUCCUCUUCAUUCCAGACUUACCAAGCCUGUCGGGUACACCCAGCCUGGAUGAGCAGACCCAAAGUUGUGACCUCUACGAACACAACAACGACGACAGUUCGGCACCAUCGACGUCACGCAGUGGAGCAGUAAUAACGGUAGCUCAGUGUCACUGAAAUCCCACUUUGCAAAAGGACAAUUACCAAACAUCUUCCAUCCAUGCGCCAUUAGUCAAUAGCACUGUUAUUUGUACAGCAAAUACCGAAGAUAUUACGUAAUCUCAUAUAAUAAUAAAUAGAAUGACUUGAAAAGGACCACUGGCAAGUUGAACUCUUGUAGGCUGGAUGGGGCUUUGUUUCGAUUAGAAUGAAGGUGCUCAAAAUUGUCACAAGUCAGCUCACUAAGCUAGGGUUUAAUCUUUCUAAAUCUAAAUCUUGAACAAAAAAAAGUAUGUUAGAGUAUCAAGACAAUUAUUUAGCAUUUUACUGUGAUCCUGUUUACACAAGAGCAAACAUUAAAAAAAAAAACACUAACAAACAUACAAUCGAACGUGAACCAAGUGUAUAAGCAUGUUUAGUCAGUUAGCUAUAGAGUGAGACCGAAAUACAGAGAAGGCUGUUAGGUUGUGUUUUAUUUGACGUAGGUUUUUUUCAUUAAUGACAAUGACGAAUUCAGAUAAUUUUAUGUUUAACUUUUUGAACUUUGUUGUUGCUACCAUAUGUGAUUUUUUGUUAUGAAUUAAACUCUCGACAACUAGGAACGGUUUAUCGAAAGUGUAAUCUGCCAAAAUUUUUCGUAUAGGAUAAUCAUUCUUGGUUUCUGCAUAAUAAAUUGUAACUGUAAGCGCA